CUUAACAAGGACUGUUUGUUGCAACAUUUGUGAAACCUAUGGUGAGGUGACAACCAAGAGGGCGUGAAUACAAAUCAGACACAUGUCCGUGACAUUUAACAGCAAGUCGGGGGUGAUUAGGGGAGAUGGUUGGGAAUUAAUGGACUCUAAAUCAGAACACGGAAAGAGAUUUCCAAAAUCAGUGUGGUGGAUUGGAGCUGUUGCAGUGUGUCUGGGGCUGCUCUAUCUGCUGCUGCUGGUUGUCAUUAUAGCCAUGGUGGGCCAAUACGUGGGAGCGGGCCUUCUAAAAGACACUGAACAAUUUUCUCUCACCACGUGUCCCAAUCUGACUUCACAAUGUUUCCAGUUACAGGGCAGAUACACCACCUUGUUAGAAAGCAACAAGCAGUUAGAGACCAAUCUCUGUUCUGUGACUAAGGAGAAGGACACUGUCAAAGGGGAGCGAGACCACCUUCAAUAUGAACGGGACACACUUCAGAACCAGCGAAACAUUCUCGAAAACGAGCGGAACGCCUUCCACGAUGAACGCGACACCCUCAAAAGCGAGCGAGACAAUCUCCACAUUGAACGUGAUGCUCUGAAAAAUGAACGAGCCACCUUAAGAACUGAACUAGAAAACCUCCAAAAUGAGCAGGAGGUCCUGAAAAAUGAGCGUGACAACCUGCAAGAUGAGCAAGGAGCCCUCAAAAAUGAGGAAGAACAACUCAAAAAUGAGCGGGCCCACCUCAAGAAUGGGAUAGAGGCACUCCUAAAUGAGCGGGACGCCCUUCUAGUUGUGGAAGAAAUUCACAAAAGUGAGCAAGACAUUCUAAGGCAUGACAAAAACACUCUCCAAAAGGAGCAAGAGGUUCUCAAAAAUGAGCGAGACAACCUCAAAAAUGAGAGAGACACCCUCCAAAAGGAGCAAGAAUCUCUCAAACGUGAGCAGGACGCCCUCAAGAAUGAGAUAGCUACCCUCCAAAAUGAGCGAGACGGCCUCAGAACAGAGCGGGACACCCUCAGAGAUGAGCGAGACCAACUGAAGUCGAUAUCCAGCAACCUGACCAAAGGGCUGGAAGUGCUGCAGAGCCAAAUCAGCACAUUGGUUGCAAGUCGAGACUGCUUAAAGGAGGAGACUCAAGAGUUAAAUCGGAACAGCACAGAAAAACUUUGCCCGUUGCAGUGGGUCAAAUUCAAGGAGAAAUGCUACUACAUCUCUGAGAAAGGCGAAACGAAGUCGUGGAAAACGAGCAGAAGAGACUGUCAAGACAGAGGAGGCGACCUGGUCAUUAUCACCACAAAAGAGGAGCUGAGUUUUAUCUCCAAAUAUUACGAUCGAAUCUGGAUUGGUUUGUCUGACUUGGAGCACGAGGGCAAGUGGAAGUGGGUGAAUGGGGACGAACUGGACUUUGAAGGAUUCUGGCAGGAAGGGGAGCCAAACGAUGUUGGCGGUUACGAGGACUGUGCGGAACUCUCACGUUCGGGGCAGGGAUGGAAUGACAUGCCUUGUCGUGAGCCUCUCUCUUGGGUUUGUGAGGAUUAACGUGCAGUGUGUGUGUGUGUGUGCAUGUGUGUGUGCGCCCACGCCCUCUUGUUAAAUUGAGCAAAACAAUGAUCAGCAUCUUUUUAUAUGUUCCAUACCUCAGCAUCACCAGGAAAUAAUCAAAAUAGAAGUAAUCUGUUCCAGCGUCAAGCUGUCACUAUCAUAUUUAAGUGUACAAGCAAUGUUUGAAUGUUUUAACACUCUUAAACGUCAUAAAACAAAGUUAAAAACUGUGUUAAUAAAGAAAAAGAAAAUACAAAUACUGUACUGGCCCUUUUUAUUUUUGUCUUGGGAAAUUGUAUGUUUUGUACUUUUAAAGUCCCUGUAAAGCUAAAUCAUAGAUAAAUAAAAAUGGUUUUCACAA